CGCUCUCUUUCAUUGUGGCUCUCUUUUUAGGGGUAGGUGCCACGCCAUUAACGGUCUGGGAAGGGGACGGUCACAAGCUUUCAACAACUUGUUUCCAAAUUUUUUCACCAGGAAUGAGUCCACACGGGAGACCAGGGCUCCUUUCUGGAAUGACUUCCCUUUCGACAUUGAUUUCCUCUCUUUCUCUCUCAUCUCUUAAAAGGGUGGCCUAGUGAGAGAAAGAGGGAGAGAGAGACUGUGCUGGAGUGGAUUGCUUUCUCGGUCAUCCGCUCCAUCACCCCACGUUGCCAGAAGAGAGAGGGGAGGCCCCUGCCUCUGUUAAGAACAGGAGAAAGGGGAAGCCUAAGCUUUGGUCCAAUCUAAUUGUAAUCUGCACUCUAUUUCACCCUGAAACUGAAGUUUGAAACAAUCAAAAGAAAAUGAAUUUUUUUCUCUCGUUUUCUUAUAAAUGGGGAUUCAUGGUUUGAUUGAACUUUAAGCAGCAGCUGGAAAAAGUAUCACCUCUUCUCUUAUACUCAAUCUUCAAGCUUCUUAUCAAAUGCAACCAUGCUGAAAUGUCAAAUAAUCUCUAAUCAACUCAGCAUUUUAUUAGAUUGAAUUCAAAGAUGGGGUUUAGUGCUUGAGCGGUGGUAUUCUCUUAAUGAUCAAUCACCACAAAAUUUCUCCCCGGCCCAUCUCCUUGCUCACACUUCUCGGUCAAAGAAGAAAUGUAAAUCUCCCUCUUUUGGCUGAAUAUCCACUCUAAUUUUCGUUGAAACUUUGUGGGUCUUUGUUGGAUUGGUAAGAAAAAUGAGUUCUUCCAGGACAACAAUGCAAUCUAAUUUGGAGUGCUUCCUUGACUGCAUCACUCCGGUGGUGCCGGCUCGUCUGCUUCCAAAGACUUCCCUUAGGAGCCUCAACAGGCUAUGGCAGCCAUGGGACAAAGAAACAGUUGAGUAUUGGUCGCUGGGGGAUUUGUGGAAUCGUUAUGAUGAGUGGAGCGCGUAUGGUGCAGGCACCCCCAUUGUAUUGAACAGUGAGGAAAGCGUGAUUCAAUACUAUGUGCCUUAUCUCUCUGCCAUUCAAAUCUAUACCAGCAACUCCUACAGGGGCGAAAGGGAUGAAUUUGGAGAUUCCGUCAUGGAGAUAGAGGAGAAUGAGAACAUGUGGAGAUGGUGGGAUGCUAGUUCAGAAGAUUUUGUGUUUGAGCAGGACAACUUGUGGCAUUUGAGGGACAGACUCGGCUACCUCUACUUUCAGUACUUUGAAAGAUCUGCACCUUAUGGAAGAAUCCCUCUUAUGGACAAGAUAAAUGAAGCAGCUAGGGGAUUUCCUGGGCUCAUGUCAUUGAAAAGUGUUGAUCUCUCCCCUGCAAGUUGGAUGGCAGUGGCCUGGUAUCCCAUCUACCAUAUUCCCACAGUACGAACAGUCAAGGACUUGUCCGCUUGCUUUCUCACUUAUCAUACGCUCUCUUCCUCCUUCCAAGACAGUGGGGAGCAAGAUAACGAGGCAAGAGAAAGAAAGGGAGAAGGGAUGGCUCUUCCUCCCUUUGGGAUGGCCACAUACAAAAUGCAAGGGGAUGUUUGGAUGUGUGCAGAGAGUAGAGAUAGAGAGAGAAUGAUAUCAUUGCUGAGCGCUGCAGACUCAUGGCUAAAGCAACUGGGGGUUCGGCACCACGACUUUGACUAUUUCACAGGAAUUCGGCAUGGCUAGUGCUCAACGUUACUUCUGAUUUUACCAGUUUUUGGUCCAUUGGAGACUCCUAUUAAAGGAACGAAGAAUUUUUGGUGGCGAGAGCUGUGCGUUCUUUUUGGCAGGGAAAUUGGAAGAAAGCAGGUAGAGGAUUCUCAACAGAGAGGGAAGCAAGAAUUGCUCUCAUUUUACAGAUCUACAAAAACCAACACUUGUUUGAAAUUUUGACAAAAAAUGUUUACAUAAAAGGGAAAAUCUCUCUCUCUCUCUCUCUCAAAAGGGGAAGGGAGCCUGGCCUUUUUCUAUUGCAGUUCAUUGCGGCUGACUUCUAUCAUGGGGUCAUAUACAUGGCAUGGAGCGAUAGCCUCCAUCAGCCCCAACGCCCUUUGCGAGCAGAUGAUGGGUUGAGUGGUCAGACCUUGAAUGGGGAACAAUGGAUUGUAUUUUUACCUUAAAAGAAAAAAAGAAUAUGAAAGAAAGAAUCAGGGUGUUUUUGCAUAU